GUUGUGAUUCGGUUGAAGGAAGGUUCGUGUUUUAAGAAGGUGUUUGUUUAAAGCCAUAGAAAAACAGUUCAGUGUAAAGUCACGUGACACGCUGUUAUAAAGAUGGAGUUUAUUAAAGAGGAGAGUGAAGACGUGAAGAUUGAAGAAACAUUCAGAGUCAAACAUGAAGAUACUGAGACACAAACAGGGCCAAAAAGAAGGGGUUCUGCAGGGAUUUCGAAGGACAUUGAUGUCCCCCAUAAUCGACUUCGCUUUAUGCACUUUUUACCUCUAGUGUGAUGCCCCUGGUUCUUAUAGUGCUGAAAAAGGAGAGUGAAGUGCUGAUGGAAAUGGAAGAAGAAGAUCAAUAUAAGAAUCGUGAUUUCACAGCAGAAGAGAAAACUUUCAGUUGCACCCAGGCUGAAAAGACUUCCUCGCGGAAAAGGGCUAAAAAGUCAGGAAUUAAAAGUAAUUUCACCUGCCAACAGUCUGAAACGCCUUUCAAACAAAAUGAAAAGCUUAAGGUCCACACGAGAGUUCACUCAGGAGAGAAGACUCGUACCUGCCAACACUGUGGAAGGCAUUUAUCUAAAAAAGAAAGCCUUAAAAGACACAUGAGAGUUCACACUGGAGAGAAGCCUUACACGUGCCUUCAGUGUGGAAGGUGUUUCCGUUUUAAAGGGAACCUUAAAGUUCACAUGAGAAUUCACACUGGAGAGUGCCCUUUCAUCUGCCAACUCUGUGGAAACAGAUUCGCUCUUAAAGGGAGCCUUAAAAAGCACAUAAGUGUUCACACUGGGGAGAAACCCUACACAUGCUCUCAAUGUGGAAAGACUUUUGCUGUGAAAGAAGGCCUUAACAGACACUCAAGAAUUCACACUGGAGAGAAACCGUACACAUGCUCUCAAUGCGGAAAGCCGUUUGCUCAAAACGUAACUCUUAGGAGACACAUGAGAAUACACAAUGGAGAAAAGCCUUACACAUGCCUUCAUUGUGGAAGGAGUUUCACUCAAAUUGGAAAUCUUAAAGUCCACAUGAACAUUCACACUGGAGAGAAGCCUUUCACCUGCCAACAGUGUGGAAAAAGUUUCUGCCAUAAAGGAAACCUUAAUUCCCACAUGACCAUUCACUCUGAAGAGAGCCUCUUCACCUGCCAACAAUGUGGAACAAGCUUCACUCAAAAAGGAAGCUUUAACAAACACAUUGUAAUUCACACUAGAGAGAAGCAUUUUACCUGCCAACAGUGUGGAAAGAGUUUUGAUCAACAUGAAAACUUUAAAGCCCACAUGAGACUUCACUCUGAAGAGAAAUCCUACAUGUGCACUCAAUGUGGAAAGAGUUUCAGUCAAAAAGGAACCUUUAAAUGCCACAUGAGACUUCACUCUGGAGAGAAAUCCUACACAUGCCCUCAGUGCGGAAAGAGUUUCAGUCAAAAACGUCACUUUCAAGACCACAUAAGAAUUCACACAGGAGAGAAACCUUUCACAUGCCAACAUUGUGGAAAAAGUUUCAACCGAAAAGGAAGCCUUAACAGGCACAUCCGAGUUCACACUGGAGAGAAACCAUUUACAUGUGGUCACUGUGGAAAAAGUUAUAGAUAUAAAAGAACCCUUAAGUGCCACAUGAGAAUUCAUGUAUGAGAGAGCUGUUUUUGUAUGUUGUGUGGAAUUAAUUUGAGAGACUGUAUAAUGUGCUGAUUAUUGUUACAGUAUGAAAUUCCCUAUUAUUUCCAAUGACUAUGAGGAGUAAAGAAGCCAGAGUCCUGAAUUAGAUUCAUUGUAUUGAUUAGUCAAAUGAAGAAUCAACUAGUAACAAUUUUACAUUUCAACUGAAGGAUAAAUCUGUAACAAAUAAAAUGCAUAAAACAUGUAUGCCUGCACAAAAUAAUGAACGCUAACAAAAAAGGCUUAUGAUUCAAAACAUACAGUGCAAGGCCAGGGCUUUCAACAGGGCUUUUUGGGCUAAUAGCCUAGGACCUUGAGCACAAAGCCCAAAAUCAUGCUGCGUUUCCACCGCGGUGCCAGAAGCUCGACAGCACUUACUAAAACCUGCUCUUAACACACCUCCCUUGAACACCACACAACUCCAUCAUUUCACCAACAAAGGGAAGUUUUAGCAGUCGGGAAAGUAGCAAGAUUGCAAAAUGAACAUGAUAAAUGAUUGAUUUUAUUACUUAAAGAUUUAUAAUCCAACGUUUUACCAUAGUUUCACAAUAAGAAAAAAAAAGAUACAUUGAUAGUUCAUUUAUUUUAGAAUUGCAGCGUAAUCAUACAGAGAUAAAGUGGAUUUUACCAUUAUUUCACACAAAAGGAUUGGUACUCCCCCUUCUAAUGAACUACUUUAGUCAUUUCCAUGAGUACAACUCUUAAUGUUUAAACAUAAUGAUAUUCUAGGGAAUAGUAACAGUUUGGACAGAACCCUUUUCUAUUCUAACAUGAAAAUUUCUCUGUGAACCAACAAGUGUAUUCCAUAAAGAUGGUAUCGGUCACUCAGAAUGUAUAUUUAAUGAUGUAAAAAAUGUUUAAUAUUUCUGAAUAAGAUUAUAGACGUAUCUAUUUCAUUGCGAGUGCACUGCGCUUCCACAGACAGUCCACCCACACGCGCUUUUGAUUGGCUGUGAUAUUGAUUCUGUCGGGGUGGGCGUCGAAACAGUUUCCAAAUGAAAUUCAGGUCCUGAGUUUAACUGAUAAUAUUGGUUAACUGAAUUAUCUCAGCAUGUCUAACAGAUAUUUCUUGUUGGAUGACGGACCAUCACCUUCAACUCAACCUGGCUAAAGGCCCUUUCACGCGGGAAGCGUUUUGUGCAGUUGAGGCGAUGGUCUCAUUGCAGUCUUGGAGCAGACGCUGCCAUAGUUACAACUGUCAACAUCACCUUUGUAUUACUAAAAACUAAAUAAAAAAAUGUGUUUGUGUCA